AAUGUAUGGAUAGAUUGUACCGGAGAUUGUUAAACGUGAUUCUGUUUCCUGUUAACGCUCUAGUUAUUUACGAGUGCGACAUAUGUCCAGUUUUGACGGACGGUUCUUGUAGAGGGAAUAUGAGGCCUUCAACGAACAAGUCAGUCUCCUGAUCAUGGCCGUAACGACUUGUUGUUGUUGCCUGAACUUCAUAAGGUGGAACGCUGUUGGAGCUCUAGUGGAAAUUAAAAGCCUGAUUCGUUGGACGUAAUUGGCUUGUGUCUCCUUUGGCACCACAAGUCGCUAUAUGUGUCUGGUUACAAUUUUCACUUUUGUUGUUUGCUUUUUUGGCAUUUAGCCG